AUGCGGAUCAGUUCAGUCAUUUGUGCUCUCGUUGGAUUGCUUUUAGCCGAAUUCAGUGUGGCGGUUGUUUUCAAGAUGACAAACUUUGAGUGCGAGAGCUACAAUAAGUCGUGGUUCAUGUUCCAUAAUUGUCGCCUUAAAGCCAUAAGUCGAGACAAGGUUAAUCUAAAUAUGAACGGAACAGUUCUGCAUCCAGUUUAUAAUAUAGAAGUUCAUGGUAAAGUGUAUAAAAGGGCAAGUGGUUUCAAGCCCUGGCUGUUUGACACCAAAAUCGACGCUUGCCGUUUUAUGAGAGGAAAAUACAAUUCUGCCGCAAAAAUAGUCUACAGCCUCUUUCAACCGUUUACCAAUAUUAACCACACAUGUCCCUAUGUGGGACCACAGAUUAUUGAAGGAUUUUACCUGAAGCCCGAACUGUUACGUCUACCGUUUCCAUCUGGCCAAUAUAUGCUAUCCUUAAGAUGGUUUUUUGACCAGAAACUACAAUUUGAUACAAAUGUUAGUUUUCUCUUUAAAGAGGAUUUUCCGAAACAGAUGGCUGUAUUAAUAUAAUAAAGUUAGCUAUCGGUAGCUGAAAGUAUAUUAAGUUUAAAACUUUUUAACAGUAUUGGGUAUCUGACAGUCUACUAUUCCUUUUUUCUCAUUUUUCAAUCUAAAAUUAAGUU